AUGCUGCUGAUGAAGGAAGCCAUGCUGCUGAUUGCAGAAACAGGGAAACAGGUGCAGCUUUUCCAGGGAGAGCGGAUUUUAGGAGGCAGUGGAUAUCUUUUGAGAGGGGGAAUGUCUGUAAGGGAGAAAAGGAUCAAGGAAGGAAAGGAGAGCUGGAGUGAGCGGGAGGGAGAAAACUCGACUUUGAAGAGGAAGUUCGCGGUGGAGAUAGAAAAAGUGUUGACGCCUGUGCCGGUUGAUAACGAAGGAUCGCGGCCUGAGAAGAGGCAAUCGAGCAGUGGCGGCCCCUCGAUGGCAACAACGGGGCUUUGCUUAAGCCCUAGCAGUCCUACUGGAUCUGAUGUAAACAACACUGGCUUUCCCAUAGUUUCUUCUCCAAAUUUGUAUCGACCUAUGGCAAGAACUGGAGCGGUCCAAGUGCCUCCUCAGCAGUUUGAGCCAUCCUCGAAGAAAGACGAUCCUCCAACAGUGCUCACCCUCUCCCUCCCAAGAACUAAGACUUACGAGAAUGAGUACGAAUCUCCACCUCUCGAUUCUGCUCCUCACCAUAACAAGGUGGCGUCUCCAGAUAAUCAAUCAGCUCUAACCUUCGCUAUGCCGGAGAAUCCUGAGUCGAUGACCUUUGUUGUUUUAGCCAGAGACACUCCUAUGAGCAGGUCUGGUAAGGUCUUCGGACAGCGAAGCUCCGCCUGCGGGGCCAUAGUCAUCGGAAUACCGGAGUGGAACGACGAAGAUUUCUGGGCCAGCUUCCUAUUCUGGUUCAUCUCUUCGUGUCCUCUCUAG